UUGAAGCCCGUAUCGCUCCGGAGACCGGUCCAGAGGAAACACAAGAAUAGAAGAGGCUUGUGAAAUGUAUACCAGAGCUGCAAAUAUGUUCAAGAUGGCUAAAAAUUGGAGUGCUGCAGGAAACGCAUUUUGUCAGGCAGCCAAGCUCCACAUGCAGCUUCAGAGCAAACAUGACUCCGCUACCAGCUUUGUGGAUGCUGGAAAUGCUUACAAAAAGGCAGAUCCCCAAGACAAGAAGACAGCCUCACCUGAACCCUCUUUGACUGAAUGGAUUUUUUCGUUGUUUUUCUUAAAUGCCUACGCUUCAGAGGCUAUCAACUGCUUAAAUGCAGCCAUCGACAUUUACACAGACAUGGGAAGGUUUACAAUUGCAGCCAAGCACCACAUUACUAUUGCAGAGAUCUAUGAGACUGAACUUGUAGACAUUGAGAAGGCUAUUGCACAUUAUGAACAAUCUGCUGAUUAUUACAAAGGAGAAGAAUCCAAUAGCUCAGCAAACAAGUGUCUGCUGAAGGUGGCAGCAUAUGCUGCCCAGCUUGAGCAGUACCAGAAAGCCAUUGAGAUCUAUGAGCAGGUGAGGAUACUGUUGUUUCCUUCGAGAGAAGUUGUCUGA